CGCCCCGCCGCCUGCGCGCUGGCCGCGCCCGCGGGCGGCGAGGCGCCUUCCCCCUCGCCGGUGGCCCUGCAGUGCCAGGGCCUCGUCGCCCACCUCGACGCGUGGUCGGGGUGGGCCGAGGCGCUGGGCGGCCCGGCGGGCGAGGAGGAGGCCCCCGAGGGCGGCGAGGCCCAGUUCCUGGCCGCCCUCCGCGGGCGGGUGGCGGACCUCCGCGGCUUCCUGUCGCGGAGGGGCUCCGAGAGCGCCGAGGCGGCCCCACGCGCAGCUCGCCGCGGAGGCGGCGAGGCCCUUGCGGGAGGCUGCUGCCGCGCUGGAGGCG